AAAGCGGUAUUGAAGGCCCUCCACUCCCGGCUUUGUGGCCCCAGGUGAUGCCUGCUCGUCCAUUGCAGCAGCCCCAGAGGCUCCCCCAGGCUGCUGGGCAACAGGCAGAGCAGGUCAAGGGGAGAGCGAGCCCAGCAUGGGGUGCCCUUCAGGGCUCAGGAGUGGGGAGCUCACAGCCUGCCUUUGCUUCCAAGGGAUGCCUUUGUGUCUGGUUUGAGUGUGGCUGGCCUUAUGCUGGUAUCUGCUCAGCAGGUGAGGCUGUCCCUACUUGCCUGCCAGUGUCUGUGUACCUGUGUGUGUACAUGCACACAUGCGUUUGGUUCUGUGUGUGUAACCAUGGAUGCGUCUGCUCGUGGUGGCAAGCUGGGCCCAAGCAGGCAGUAGGAUAUGGUUGGGGCUGGGUACGGCUGUAUUUGUGCAGAUGGCUAUGUGGUUAUGUGCACGUGAUGCUGUUAACUGUAUGUGACGGUACUAAUAGGGGUGUGAGACUGGCUAGCUAGGAGCAUCACUCUGGGGGCUUUGUCCAUAUACAGCUGUCUGUGUGUAGCUAUGUGUCUGUGUACAGCGGUAUUGUGUAUUCAUGUGUAAAACUGUGUACUUUUCUGUGUCCAGAUGUAAAGCUAUAGGUCAGUUCAGCUGUGUCUGUGAGUUUAGCUGUGUGUAGACACGUAUGGCUCUAUGUAUGUGACUUUGUGUCGAUGAAUACAGUUGUGUGUCUGCAUGCAAAGCUAUGUGUUACUGCUGCAUCUGUGUGUACAGCUGUGUGAGGUUGCACGUACGUCUCUGUGUGUGGCCAUGUCCAUAUGUGCAGCUCUGUAGUGCUGGGCGGCUGUCUUUGUGUGCACAGCUGGGAGUGGUGGCCGCAUAGCUGGGUGCAUAACUGCAGUUCCGCGCGCUGCAACAGGACUGUGUAGCCCACUUGCCGUGGGCCGCGUAAUGGGCCUCUGGGACUGGUGCUGUGUUAAAGCCCUAGGUGUUUUGUGAGGCUAUCUUAGUGGGCCGGGAUUGCUAUGCGGCUCCUCUUACCUCAGCACCCUGCUGCUAUCAACCCUUCUGCUCCAAGGGCCCAGCUCAUCACUCACCUGCCCCAGGCAGCAGUUGCUUUGAACUAGCCAGAGCUGGAAGACAGUGUAUCUGUCUCUCCAGCCUUGUCUGACAACUCUGAACCCUCAUCCUGCUGUCAUCUCACCUCCCAUUAGCAGUUGAGUUUGGGUUUGUUUGGGUUUGAUGUGUUUGUCUGUUUCACAGCUGUGCUUUUGCCAGCACAGUGGGGCAUUGGGUUUCUGUGUCCAGAGAAAAAGCCUGUCCUUCCUUGGCGACACCCCUCCCCCUUAACUGCGACACGCACAUGUAGGUGUAUGUGCCAGAGGGACCUGGGCUUGGCAUGUGCUCAUUAUCAUUAGCAUGUGUCUGAGCUAGCUUUGUACUGACACCUGUGGAAGAAAGGGCAGUGCCGGGGGAGCAUGUGUAGGGAUGCUGUGUGCCUUAGCACCUGGUGUGUGUGCAGGCUCUGAGGCUAAACCUGGGUGUGAGCCCCCUCUCCAGACCCUUCAGCACAUUUGGGUGCUGCAGUUUAUCCACCACCUUCUACCCAGGGGCAUCCUCCAUUCUGCUGCAGGAGGGAAGAAGAGUCAAGAGCGUCUUCUCAGAGCUGUCCUCCCUCUGCUUGGGCUCCAGCUCCCAUUUCCUCCUACGCAGCAGCCAGUUUCAGGAGCCUCUUCUUCACCCCCCCUGCCAGCCCCAGCAUGUGCCUUAGGGUUGACCCUAGUCCCUGGCCCUGCAGCACCCCCCCCCCACAUACACCCCAGGUUGAUAUCUCUUUGCCAUAAAUGCCCUUUGUACGUGAGGGUGGGGAUUAGUGAGGUUGGUGGAGGAGGAGGUCAGGGCUGUGUGUGGGGGGGGGGGUGGGGGGAGGUGGGUAGCAGCUUUAAAGGUCGUCUGCAGGAAGAGGAGGCCCCGUCCUCCUCUGACCACCCACCCCCCAUCUCUUCCUCCUAGUGACUCAGGCCCUAGCUCUCACAUGGGGCCAAAGAUACGUGCCCCUACCCCAAGCCUGGCAUGUGGACUGAGCUGCAGUCUGUGGAUUAAGAGAAUGGAUGUGAGGAUGGGGACAGACUUGUCCCAGCAGGCUAAGCUCUCUACCUAUUUCCCACGUGCCCCCUUACCUAUCUCCAAAUGGCACCUUGCAACCCUCAAGCUAGCCCCUCCGCUCUCAAAGAUGGAACCCCAUAACACUGUGUGCACCUCCUGGGGCUCAGUGACCUUCCUGGCCCCGUGUCCUGUGCCCGCUGCUCUGUGGGCUGCAAUCUGACCGCAGGGUGGAGGGGGACGAUAGGCACCUGCUCCUGCGCAGAGCGGGAGCGCCCGAGGAUUCAGCACCAGGCGGUGGACAGCUCCGGGACAGAAGCCCCGCGAAGAACCCGAGCCAGAGGCGCAGGGCGAGGAGCUGUGUGCCGGAGUCUGGAGGGAGGCGGAGGCCGGUUGGGAGCGGGAGAUCCGGAGUGGGGAGGAACGGAGGAGGGGCUGGGGGCGGGCCAGGGCCAGGGGCGGGGCGGGCUGCGAUUGAAAGCGGCCGGGCGAGCGGCCGGGCGGAGAGCGCAGAGCUGCUGAGCGAGGGAGCAAGCCUGCGAGCGAGAGCUGGAACCCUGCGCCCCGGCUCCUCUCCGUUUCUCUCCGCGCCGGAGUCGGGCACGCCAGGUAGGGUAAGCCCGUGGUGCCGCGGCCUUCGCCGACCUUAUCAAUCCUGACCCCAUGUCCCGGAGACCCGCGGGCCCUCGAGUUCUGGGGCUCCCGGCUGAGGCGUCCAGACAUUGCUCGCCAGGAGAUCUGGGAAGCGGGAAGACAGCCCCAGGCAUCCCGCCUUUCUUUCCCAGAGAACGUACACCCUGCAUCACGCUCCUUCGUUCUUCCUCUCCUUCCAUCCUUUGGUCUGUCUUUCUGUCUGUGCCUCUUUGUGUCAGCCUCUUGGGCUCAAUCACUCCCUGCCCAGAUUUCGUGGCCCAGGCCCCCUGGCUGCCCCCCUCUGGGGUUCUCUCUCCCUUCAGGGUAUUGUCCCUGUCUGGAUUUUGGUCCUGGCUGCCCCUGUGGGAGGCUUGUGGUCUUGACCAGUUUGGGCCUCAGCCCCCAUCUGGGUCCCUUCACCAUCUCUCCUGGUCUUCAUGCUUGCCUCUUUCUCCUGGUUGCCUGGUUGAGCUGCUGCUUUCUGAGUACCCACAGGAUCCCAGUCCCCCUGCCCUGGCACCAAGGGGAGAUUAACCCUGAGGAGUUGAGGGACAAAGUGAAGAAUCCCAGUCUCUCUGACCAGGACAUGGGGUCCUUGAACUAGUGGCUGUCCUUCUUCAGCCUCAGUUUCCUUCUAGCAUUCCCAAGCCUGUAUGAAUGUGAGAGCCUUGUGGGGUGAGCAUCUGGGAGGGUAGCUGGGGUACAAAUGAAGCGCAGAGUGGAAGAGGGAAGGAGGAGUCCCCGAGGGCCAAGGCCAGGGCGGACAGGAUGGGGAGAGGAUGAGGAUAGGGAGAUUAGAGAUGAUGACUUUCUCUGCUUGGAUCUGAGCUGAAGAAAAAACAGGGGCAUAAAGUCUCAAACAGCAUUCUAUGCAGAGCUAAGGUGUCCAAAAGUCUCACCUUGAGCACUCUUUUGAGAUUCUGACCAGAUGAACUGCCCCUGACCCUGGACACAUGUAUGCUCGCAUCUACUUUCCCUAUUGAUUUAAGACCUGUGGCCACUUCAGUGUCCCUCCCUGGGGCCAACCUCUCCACCUUGCUGUCAAACUCCCAGGGCCUAGAGUCUCUAUUACUUCCUCAGUCAGCGGGCUCUGGGAUGGAUUUUUAAGAACUGGGGGCUAGGACCCUUGAAUGCUCACCUGGGCUCCAGUCUCUCUAGAUGUUGGAAACUACCCUUUGGAGGCCUUUCCUUCCCUCUUCCCUGGUGGGUUUCAGUCACAAUUGCCCAUCUCUGGAAAUGCAAGGCUCAGGAUAGGGACUAGACCCCCAAGUUUAUACUCUAACCUGGCCUGUGCUGUAAAGGCAUAGACUUUGGGGUCCUAGGAAGUUAGUGCAAGGUCUUGUACACUCUUUGAUUUACAGCAGGAUUUGUGUUGGCUGGGGUCUCCUGACUUCUCUCUGCCUCCCUCCCUCUCUCCUGAGUAUUCAAUGGGCACAGAGCCCAUCUACAGACCCAGAUCAGGGCAAAGCUGAGAAAUAGGCCAAGGGAUGUCCGGGAGCUUCUCAGCCUAGUUUGUGAUACUACCUCUCCCUGGCUCCCUAGAAAAGUCCCGAGGGAAGGGAAUUGGGGAAGGCAGAGUCAGAGGAGUAGCCACUCUUGGGUUCCACUUCUCCCUGUUUGUCUCUUUCUCUGCAGGAGCUGGGCCCCUUCUUAUCUUUCUUCCUGCCUGUCCUUUUCUGGUCCCUGUUUCCUCCUUUCUUUGCCUUUGCUGCUUCUACCCUCAUUCCCUGGAGGCCCGGGUCUGCUGGACCCAUCCAUCCCCUUUGGGACUAUGGGAUCACUGCUUGGGUUCCUGGCACUGCUGCUAUGGGGCGCUGUGGCUGAGGGCCCUGCCAAGAAGAUGCUGACCCUGGAGGGGGACCUGGUGCUGGGUGGGCUGUUCCCGGUACACCAGAAGGGUGGCCCAGCAGAGGAGUGUGGGCCUGUCAAUGAGCAUCGAGGCAUCCAGCGCCUGGAGGCCAUGCUUUUUGCACUGGACCGCAUCAACCGUGACCCACGCCUGCUGCCGGGUGUGCGCCUGGGCGCGCACAUACUCGACAGCUGCUCCAAGGACACACAUGCCCUGGAGCAGGCGCUCGACUUCGUGCGUGCCUCACUUAGCCGUGGCGCCGAUGGCUCACGCCACAUCUGCCCCGACGGCUCUUACGCCACCCACGGCGAUGCUCCCACUGCCAUCACUGGUGUCAUUGGCGGCUCCUACAGCGAUGUCUCCAUCCAGGUGGCCAACCUCCUGCGGCUAUUCCAGAUCCCACAGAUCAGCUAUGCCUCCACCAGUGCCAAGCUGAGCGACAAGUCCCGCUAUGACUACUUUGCCCGCACAGUGCCCCCCGACUUCUUCCAAGCCAAGGCCAUGGCUGAGAUCCUCCGCUUCUUCAACUGGACCUAUGUGUCCACUGUGGCAUCCGAGGGUGACUAUGGCGAGACAGGCAUCGAAGCCUUUGAGCUAGAGGCCCGCGCCCGCAACAUUUGCGUGGCCACCUCAGAGAAGGUGGGCCGUGCCAUGAGCCACGCAGCAUUUGAGGGGGUGGUGCGAGCCCUGCUGCAGAAGCCCAGUGCCCGUGUGGCUGUCCUGUUCACCCGUUCUGAGGAUGCACGCGAGCUCCUCGCGGCCACCCAGCGCCUCAACGCUAGCUUCACCUGGGUGGCUAGCGAUGGCUGGGGGGCCCUGGAGAGCGUGGUGGCAGGCAGCGAGGGGGCCGCUGAGGGCGCCAUCACUAUCGAGCUGGCCUCCUAUCCCAUCAGCGACUUUGCCUCCUACUUCCAGAGCCUGGACCCCUGGAACAACAGCCGGAACCCUUGGUUCCGCGAGUUCUGGGAGCAGAGGUUCCACUGUAGCUUCCGUCGGCAAGAUUGUGCAGCCCACUCGCUGCGGGCCGUGCCUUUUGAGCAAGAGUCCAAGAUCAUGUUUGUGGUCAAUGCGGUGUAUGCCAUGGCCCAUGCACUGCACAACAUGCACCGAGCCCUCUGCCCCAACACCACCCAACUCUGCGACGCAAUGCGGCCUGUCAAUGGGCGCCGGCUCUACAAGGACUUCGUGCUCAAUGUCAAGUUUGAUGCCCCCUUCCGCCCGGCUGACACACACAGUGAGGUUCGCUUUGACCGCUUUGGUGAUGGCAUUGGGCGCUACAACAUCUUCACCUAUCUGCGGGCGGGCAGUGGGCGCUAUCGCUACCAGAAGGUGGGCUACUGGGCAGAAGGCCUGACCUUGGACACCAGCCUCAUCCCUUGGGCCUCACCCUCGGCAGGACCCCUGCCCGCCUCUCGCUGCAGUGAGCCCUGUCUCCAGAAUGAGGUGAAGAGCGUGCAGCCAGGGGAGGUCUGCUGCUGGCUCUGCAUCCCCUGCCAGCCGUACGAGUACCGGCUGAACGAGUUCACUUGUGCUGACUGUGGCCUGGGCUACUGGCCCAACGCCAGCCUGACUGGCUGCUUUGAGCUGCCCCAGGAGUACAUCCGCUGGGGCGAUGCCUGGGCCGUGGGACCUGUCACCAUCGCCUGCCUGGGUGCCCUGGCCACCCUCUUUGUGCUGGGUGUCUUUGUGCGGCACAAUGCCACGCCGGUGGUCAAGGCCUCAGGCCGGGAGCUCUGCUACAUCCUGCUGGGCGGUGUCUUCCUCUGCUACUGCAUGACCUUCAUCUUCAUUGCCAAGCCAUCCACGGUGGUGUGCACCUUACGGCGCCUUGGUUUGGGGACCGCCUUCUCUGUCUGCUACUCAGCCCUGCUUACCAAGACCAACCGCAUUGCGCGCAUCUUCGGCGGGGCCCGGGAGGGAGCCCAGCGGCCACGCUUCAUCAGUCCUGCCUCGCAGGUGGCCAUCUGCCUGGCACUUAUCUCAGGCCAGCUGCUCAUUGUGGUCACCUGGCUGGUGGUGGAGGCACCAGGCACGGGCAAGGAGACAGCCCCGGAGCGGCGGGAGGUGGUGACAUUGCGCUGCAACCAUCGAGAUGCGAGCAUGCUGGGCUCACUGGCCUACAAUGUGCUCCUCAUAGCACUCUGCACGCUCUAUGCCUUCAAGACCCGCAAGUGCCCUGAGAACUUCAACGAGGCCAAAUUCAUAGGCUUUACCAUGUACACCACUUGCAUCAUCUGGCUGGCCUUCCUGCCCAUCUUCUACGUCACCUCCAGUGAUUACCGGGUACAGACCACCACCAUGUGCGUGUCAGUCAGCCUCAGCGGCUCUGUGGUGCUCGGCUGUCUCUUUGCGCCCAAGCUGCACAUCAUCCUUUUCCAGCCGCAGAAGAAUGUGGUUAGCCACCGUGCGCCCACCAGCCGCUUCAGCAGCACCGCCACCAGGGCCAGCUCCAGCCUCGGCCAAGGGUCUGGCUCCCAGUUUGUCCCCACCGUUUGCAACGGCCGUGAGGUGGUAGAUUCAACAACAUCGUCGCUUUGAGGACCCCACAUUCCUGCCCCGACUCAGCUGCUCCCUGGGACCUGGGGCAGACCCGCAUCCAGGGCCAGGAGGAAGUCAGCUGGAGCACUGCAAUAAUGCCAACCCCACGCCCACCCAAAGCCACUUACCCACUGACUCCAACCCUUCAGAGUCAGAAGUCAGGGUCCUCGGCCCAGGCGCCUCUGCAAUAGCCACCAACUGCCCUUGCAGCGUGUCCCCUCCUUGCUAAGCCUAGGACUCGGAAGGGAGCAAGCCAGGGUCUACUCUGCCCUGGAACGGGAAGGCUGAGGACUGCCGGCUCCAAUCCCCGAUCAGCAAAGGUGCUUCCAGCCCCGCCCCUCCCUCCUUCUAGGGCCUUUUUAAUUUUUUACAUAAGUUAUUCUGGGAUGGGGAGGGGGGUUCUUGUGGGGGCCAUCCCUCCCCCUGCAUAGUAGUUUGUCCUGUGGUUUAUUUUGUACUAUCUGUAAAUAAAGUGUCUUUAUUAAAAAAAAAAAAAAUCACUCAUUACCUUUGACCCAGGGAGACCCCUCGUGUCCUCCAGAGCCUCCCAAUCUUCCUUUCGAUAGUAUUUGUUGACUCUGCUCUGUGCCAGAUGCUAGGAUCUGGCGGCCAGCAAGACAGACCCAGCCUUGCAUGAUGGGGAGACAGAAAAUGAAAAGGAGCCCCUGCAGAGUGGCCGAGGAACCAGUGGGGUGAUGGCAGGGGGCUUCGGUGGACACAGGCUCAUCCGUCAGUCCAAGGGAAGACCUGGAUGGUGUGGGCAGUGGGGCUGGAGGGACAGCUGACUGUGACCGGUAACUGUGGGCUUUUCCACACUGGCCUGCCUGGCACUUGGAGGAGCCACCAGUUAGCACGGAGGCAGGCUGAGUGUUGGUGUGGAGGGAACCAAGAGGAGACACAGUUGAACAUGGCCUGUUCAUGUAGCACGUACAAAGCGGGAAGGAGCUCAGGAGGAGGGAAGAGAGGAAGCAGGAAGAACGGAGGCUGGGCAGCUGGAGAGGCCAUCUGCUGUCGGACUCUGGGAGAGGUGGGAGAAGGGCCCUUUCUCUGGUCUUGGAGGAGCUCUCACCCAAUGGGUUGUGGAGCCCAGAGCCCUCGGGCACCCCCGGUUGCAGUCUGGGCUCACCAGCAGAGGGCGCAGUGGCAGGCCUCGACCAUGGGGCUCAGCCAGGUAACCACUGCCCUCCUGUGGCGUAGGGGCCAGUGGGCGCAGAACCCAAACGGGAGCAGAUCCUGGCAGCUUCUGGGGACCCCCCCCCCACUGCCGCAUCGCGGAGGGACAAGUCCUGUGUUGGGAGAUGGGCAGGCCAGGGACAUCGGUUAUUUUGAAGCUAACUCAUUUGCAUUUACAGGCCCGCAAGUCUGUGGAAAUUUGGGUUAACAGUUUUAAAAAUGUAAACAAAAAACUGAAAAAGAAAAUUGUAGAAAUGGCAUUUCCUCUCCAGCAUACUCCUAAAGUGUAGGGCUGCCACAUAACAUGCAGAUUGCCUAGUUAAAUUUGAAUGGCGUGUAAACAACAAAUGAUUUUUUAGUAUAAGUAUGCCUCGUGCUACAUUUGGGACAUACUUAUACUAAACAUUUUUGUUGUUUAUCUGACAUUCAGAUUUAACUGGGCAUCCUGUAUUUUCAUUUGCUGGUUUUGGCAAGCCUACUGGAGUGUCUCUUUUCCAGCUUUCGGGUCUUGCAUGACCCAGGCCUGGGGGUAGCCCUCAGUGUCUGAGCACCGGGGCAGUGUCCCAUGGGACCUGCGGUGCUGGUCUCUGCUUCCA